AAGCAAAAACGCAGAGCUGAAGCGCGGUGGAUAGUUUGUCAAUCACACUUAUCUCAUGGUUGGGACAUCGUUUUCUUGCUGCCAUGUGACAGUUUUGGGCCAGAGUUUAUAAUUAGACAAGGCAAUUUUCACUCAUUGUUUGGGACAAGCAAUGAAAUAAAAGGGGACGUGGAAAUUGUUUUAUUAGUUAGCAGGUUUUUGCAGCUUCCAGAGCCUUUGACUGGAAAGGUGUGGACAUUGGAAGAUUUCGAAGCAUACCCUACUCUACUGGUGAUGUUCAUAUGUAAUCACUGUCCUUUUGUUAUUCACUUGAAGCGAGACAUUGUAAAACUUGCCAAUGAUUAUGACCGAAAAGGGCUUGCAACUGUAGCCAUCUCAUCCAAUUCAAUUGUUACUUACCCCCAGAUGGUCCAGAUUUUAUGGCUGAGGAAGCUAAGAUUUUUUAUUAUCCAUUUCCAUAUCUUUAUGAUGAGGUGAGUAAAUCCUGGAAAAUAAACCUAUUCUUCUUUCAUAAAGAAUCACACAAUUCAUGCAUUUCCUCAGCUUCAAUUGUCUACUUCGAAACGAAUAAGUGCUUCAAAUGUCUACUUCGAAAAGAAUAAGUAUUUAUAAGGUAUGAUUAUUAGAACUGAAGUCAUAUGGGUUUUACAAUGUAUUGUUUCUAUAAUACUAUACUAAAUCCCAAUAAUCAAUAAUCUUAUGAAGUCUUUGGGAAAUAAUCAGUGAAACCUCUCUUAAAGUAGAUCUAAAAUUUGAGAUCUAUCUAGAUUAAAAAAAGCAAAAAAAAAUAUAUCAUCCUCAAGGGAAAAGUAUUUAUGCUACAGUUAGCCAAUUGUCAAUUCAAAAGGUUUAAUUUAAGAAUAGAGGUAAACUUGUGUAGGAAUUUUGCAUUCAUUAUCAUCCUCAAGGGAAAGUCAUUUAUGCUACAGUUAGCCAAUUGUCAAUUCAGAAGGUUUGAUUCAAGAACAGAGCUAAAUUCAUGUAGCAAUUUUGCUUUCAUUAAUCAACUAAAGAAGUUGCAACAAAUAAUCCCCCUUCAUGUUCCUGAAGUGCCCAUUUUGGCAGAGGCAGGCUGCCAAAGUUCUUAAAAAUAGAAUAAACGUUGCAAGAAGUGGGAAAACCGAGGUAUAAAAUGAAAUUUGUGAAAUCUUUUUAUUGUGGUAUAAAUCUGAAUCUUUUUAUUGUGGUGAUCUAAUGUGUGAAAUUAUUUUAUUGUGAUUUAAAAUUUUGAAUCAUUCAUUUUGAAACUUUGAUAAGCAUUUACAGUCAUAAAUUAAUUGAAAGCUGAGGGUGAUUUAAUUGAAUGCUUUUAUACAAUCUGUGUCGUUUGAACUUGUUUGUAUAUACAUUAAUAAGUAAGGCCUUGAAAUAGAAAGCUUUAAAAUUGAGAUCUAAGCAUACACAUACAUUCUAAGUGACAGUAAAAAUGUUUUUUAUGUGUUGUUAAUGGUAAGUAACAUGUUUCUUCAGGUCUCUUCUAAUAAAGCAUCAAAAUUACCUCUUACAAAGGACUUUCAUUUGGAAGAUAUUCUCUUUCUUUAAAAUCACAAAAUAAAUUUAGGUUUCUUUGUUUCAAGAAAUUUGUUAGGUUACAUUU